GCAUACACCUUGAGCAAUAUACAGGAAGUGACAUAUCUAAGGACAUGUUUGCUUCGUAAUUCACCGUUAAUAAUUUUUUCCAUUGAAUAUUAUUAAUAUAUUAAUCUAAUUCUGGAUCUGUAGAUGUAAUGGCUUUCUUUCAUGGAAAUCUGAAUCAGAUCUUUGGAGGUGGUGGUCCUGGAAAUUUUCCAAACAAUUUACCCAAUAUGCCAUCUUUACCUCCUGGUAGUUUUAACAGUUUUGAUAAUUUUGGUCCAAAUUUUGAUGAACAGAAUCGCAAUUUCAGCAUAAAUCCAGAUUUCAGAAAUGCGGAUCCUCGUCAUGGUGAUGUAAAUAAUUGCAUGGAGCCUGUUGCUCCUUCCUUGGAUAAUGCUGGCUUUCAAGGUCGGGACAGAGGAAGAGAUAGAGACAGAGAUCAAAGAGAUAUGCGAAGCAGAGAUGAUAGGGAUCGUGGCAGGGAUAGGGACAGAAGAAGAAGUGAAAGGGAUAGAGGCAGAGGGGAUUGGAGUCAAGAAAGGGAUUCUUCUCGUUCUGGCAGACAUAGAGAUAGAAGUGGAAAUAGAGAUAGAAGCCCAAUGUCUGAUGAAGGUGACAGAUAUCGUGGCAGAGAUUCUGAUUCUCGUUCAUCUGAAGAUAAAGGUGGAGAUAAGUGGGUCUGCAAUCAACCAUCUCGAACAAUCAUACUGAGGGGACUUCAUAUUGAUAUUGAUGAAAAAAUUAUUGGAGCUGAACUUAUGAUGCUUGGUUUGCCAGUUAAAGACAUCAGACUUAUCCGUAGAUCAUCAGGUGUCUCUCGAGGCUUUGCUUUUGUGGAGUUUCAUAACGUAGCAGAUGCCCAGCGCUGGAUGGAACACACACAGGGUAACCUUGUGCUAUUAAAUCAGUACCGUGCAGUUAUGGCUUACAGUGUUACACGUGAUAGAGGACUUAGAGAUGGUGGUUUGCAACGCAAUGACUGGGUUUGCAUUAAAUGUUUGAGUCACAAUUUCAAGCGCAGAGAUUUCUGUUAUAAUUGCAACCUUUCUCGAAAGGAAUCUGAAAAAGGCAAAUCUUCUGAUGGGCAAGAUGAAAUUGGUACAAAUCCAUGUAACACAUUAAUAUUCCGAGGCCUGGAUGCAUUAACAACAGAAGAAGCAUUAGUGACUGCUCUGACUCAAGCUUUUGCACCAAAUCCCUUAGCAACCAUUAAAAAUGUAUCUGUAAUACGAGAUGACUUGGGCACAUCUCGAGGAUUUGGAUUAAUUGAAUUCCCUUCUGUAUCAGCCUCAACGAUGGUCCUUGAUUUUCUCAGCAAAAUGGUUCCACCAUUGGAAGUCGAUGGGAAACAGCUUAUUAUAAAUUAUGCCAAAAAUACAUACAAUACUACGAUGGCUUACAUUCAACAACAGUCACAAACACAAUUUUAUGACAGUAACUAUUAUCAACAAAAUGGCCAAUAUUAUGAUUCUGCUACACAUCAGUACUAUGACUACUCACCAGCAUAUGGUUCCAGUUCUUCUGGAUCUUCAGCUGCAGCCAGUGUCAAAGAAAAUACCACCAACACAGCUGCAGCUGUAGCACAGGCAGCUAUACAAGCAGCUCAGGCUGCAAAACAUUUACAAAAGCAGAUACAGAAAAAAGUAUUAGGCUCAACUGGCACUGUCACUGUUAAUGGUGUAGAGUAUCCAGUUUACCCUCCACCUGAUACAUCCAGUUAUCAGUAUGAAGAAACAUCUGGAUAUUAUUAUGAUCCUCUUACGCAGUUGUAUUAUGAUUCCAAUUCACAGUAUUACUAUAACUCUACCACUGGUCAAUUCAUGUAUUGGGAUGCAGAGAAAUCAACUUACUUACCAGCGCCUACGGGGGAUGAUGCAAAUAAAGAGGAUUCUGGAGAUGUUCAAAAUAAAAAAGAUGGAAAAGAAGAAAAGAAAGAUAAGGAGAAAGUGAAAAUUGCUAAAAAGAUAGCAAAGGAUAUGGAAAAAUGGGCCAAAAGUAUAAAUGCUCAGAAAGAAGCACAAAAAGAAGUGUUCAAACGUGCCCCUAAUGCUCAAUCAAGUGCAUCUUCCUCUUUCAAAACAGAAUCUGCUACAGCUGAUGCUGGUUUUGCAAUGUUACAAAAAGUGAAAGAAGAUUUAUCAAUGAUGCCUCCACCACCAGUUGUAAAAGCAGACAAGCCAACAAUUACAAACAAACCUGGUUUAGUAGCAUCUUAUGGUGGUGAUAGUGACAGUGGAGAAGAAGAUGAUAGUGGUGGCCAACUAGAUGAGUCAAAACUUGUUGACUGGACUAAGUUAGCAUGCCUAUUGUGUAAAAGACAGUUUCAGUCCAAAGAAAUUCUCAGCAAGCAUACUUUAGUUUCAGAGUUACACAAACAAAAUUUAGAAGCCCUGACCAAAUCAAAAGGAUCCUCCAAUGCCAGUAAAACAGAGUAUCGGGACAGAGCUAAAGAGAGAAGACAAAAAUAUGGUGCUCCUGAACCACCUGAGCCUAAGAAAAGAAAAGAUCGUGAUUUUGAAAUUCCAGAACCACCUGUAGUGUAUGAAGAGCCUACCAAAAAAGGAAUUGGUGAUGACAAUAUAGGCAACAAAUUACUUCAGAAGAUGGGCUGGUCUCAAGGCAUGGGGCUUGGUAAAAGCAAUCAAGGAAGGACAGAUCCUAUUGAGGCUAGAAGAAGAAAUCAAAUGGCAGGGCUUGGUGCUAGAGGUGCCAAUGUUGUUGCAGAUGUUGGAGAUAAUUACAGAGAAGCCCUCAAGAAAACCAUGUUUGCUCGUUAUAAUGAAUUGGAUUGACAUGUCUGUGUGAGAUGUGUUCAGGCAGCUGCAAAUAUUUUUAGACUUUAAUUGUAAUUAUGUUCAUUAUUGUCAAUAGAAUGUAAAUAGUGUACAGAUCUACAUUUGUCAGUGUACAUAACAAGCUUAGACCUCAACAUGGUUUGGCUUUCAUGCAGUAUUGAUUUAUGUAUAUAUAGAAGUAAGAUUAAUAAUGAUAAAUUAUGAUUCAUUGUGUCUUGUUCCUUUGACAUGAAUUCUCUUUGACCCAGAACAAAUAAUUGACAGACUGUUGGCACCAUUGCUUCAUGUAAUCUUUGAUUUCUUCAGAAUCUCUGUUUUUGAUUGUCACUGACCACCAUUGUAUUUGUCAUGUUGCUCAUAACUGAAUGAUUUCCCUUUUUGCAAUAGUUCAUUUAGACAUUCAUUUGUACAAAUGUAGUAUAGACUGUCCAUUAAAAUAGCUGUGAACUAAA